UGCGCUUUACUGAACUGGGUGGUAAAUAUUUCCAACCCUCGUCGAAUGGGACAUGUGAACGAUUUGUUUAUCUCUCUGGGAUGAUUACAACUGUGUCAUUAUGUCUGAAAUGAUGGUGAAGGAAAUGGAGGAAAUAUCACUUGGUCACACAAAGAAGGAGAAAGAAAUGGAAAGUGGACGAAGUUUUCUUUUGGUUGACGAAAACGAAAGCCUACAGGUUAGAGAUGAGGGCCAGUUCUUACAGAAACUGGGUUGUCGAGAGACAGACACCAUUAAAGUGAUAUCAAUCUUUGGCAACACCGGUGAUGGUAAGUCACACACACUCAACCAUGUGUUGUUCGAGGGUGAAGAGGUGUUUGCUACCUCUCCCUCCCAGACCUCCUGCACGGUGGGUGUGUGGGCUGCCUUCGACCCACAUCUGGGCGUGGUGGCGUUGGACACAGAGGGCCUACUUGGGGCAGCCACACAGCAGAACCGACGAAUGAGGCUGCUCCUGAAGGUUCUAGCAGUUUCGGAUGUGGUCAUUUAUCGCACACGGGCCGAGCGUUUGCACAACGAUAUGUUUCAGUUCCUGGGCAGUGCCUCGGCGGCUUACCUCCGACACUUCACCCCAGAGCUUCGCGCUCUCUCCAGCCGCUGUGGCUUGGAUGUCCCCCUCUCCAACCUGGGGCCUGCUGUCAUUGUGUUUCAGGAAACCUCCCGGACACAGCUGCUGGGCCAUGAUAACUGCGGUUCAGGGCAGGCAGACACUCUGCUGCAGAAACGCUUUCACGACCUGAACCAGAGCACAGAGGCCUUCAGCUCAGUGCAGUACGUCGGCACACAGACCAUCACCCCGCCCACUGACUACUCCCAGCUGCUCGUGACUGUCAGGCAGCAAGUGAAAAACACAGCCACCAGGGCGCCUCGCCCUCCUGCCAUUGUCUUCAGUGCACUGCAGGCCUUGAGUGACAGGUUCUGUGGGGAGAUCUCUGAUGACAAAAUCACCCUGUACUCCUUUUUCCCUGAUGAGUACUUCACGUGUCCUUCUGUGUGCCUCAGCUGCAGGAUGCGCUGUAAGCACAGGAUGAAUCAUCAGAAAGAUGGAGUUCCUCACAUGGCAGAUGGCCUCUGUCAGUAUGCUCAUCAGUACAACAACAAAGUUCUCAUCUGCAAGAGAUGCUAUGAGGGAGGUAGAGAAGUAAUUGUUGUGCCUAAAACAUCGGCCUCUGCGGACAACCCGUGGCUCGGGCUGGCAAAAUAUGCCUGGUCUGGAUACGUGUUGGAGUGCGCCAGCUGUGGCAUCAUCUACCGGAGCCGUCAGUACUGGAUAGGGAACCAGGAUCCAGAGAGCAGCGUGGUGCGCCCUGAGGUCAAACACGUCUGGCAAGGAUCGGAUUCCUUCCAGACGGACAAUCAGAACGCGGCCCAGAGGGUCCUGGAUGGCGUGAACUAUGUGAUCCAGUCCGUGUCCGGUUACAGCACCGGUCCCACCAAAGCUGUCACUGCGUGGCUCACCGAUCAGGUGGCACCACCCUACUGGAGGCCAAACACCGAGAUCACAGAGUGUCAUGGUUGUAAGAAAGAGUUUGAGGAGGCAGAGAGGAAGCAUCACUGUCGUUCGUGUGGGGAGGGGUUCUGUCAGGCUUGCUCCACUCACACCAUGCCAGUGCCAGAGAGAGGCUGGGGAAGCGCCCCUGUACGAGUGUGUGACGCCUGCCACCGGCAUGGGGGAACAUCCAGCUCGGGGCAGGUUGCCCAGAUGGAGCCUAAGAACCUUGUGGCACGUAGGGUGACAGAAGUGGCCCAGUCUACCCUGGACAUGAUCUCCACUGCAGUGGAUUAUCCUCUCUGUUUUGUAAAGGGCGUGGCUCGACCUGACUACUGGGUCCCGGAUCACGAGAUCACAGAGUGUCAUCAGUGCAAAAGGACCUUUACCCCCAACAUACCCAAACACCACUGCAGGGGUUGCGGCCAGGGGGUUUGCGGAAACUGCUCCACUCGGAGCCUUCCCGUCCCGUCCCACGGCUGGGACCACCCGGUGCGGGUCUGCGACGGCUGCGCAGAACGCAGGUCGUCUCUGUGACGGCCACCGGACCGACGCGGAAGCUCAAACCUUGCGGCAGCGGAGCGCCCCGGGCUCGUGUUUGCGGGAGCUCUUCUGUGACCCUGCCGCCCUCUUGUGGCCGUCUGAUUCGUGACGCACUGUGACGCUGCCCCGUUUUCCACCGCCAGGUGUCAGCUGUUGUGGGAUGUGGAUGGAUGACUCCGUAAGCUGUACUAAGCUUUUGGUAUCGGUGUCAGAAUCACAAGCAUAAUCAGGAUUUAAAUGGCUUUUAUUCUAAAUAGAAAAUAGCAAAGGGAAAAAUAGAGAGUCCAGUGCUCAAGAAUACUUCCGGGUUUUUAUUAUCUGAUGUUUGCACUGAGAGACAAGAGUCACUCCCUACCUUUAAAAUUUUGCUUUAAGAGUCAUUGUAUUACCUUUGGUAAACGCUUUACUUCUCCUUCCUCAGUCUGCUGGUCAGACAGCAGACCAUUUCAGUCCUAAAGAACCUGUUAUUAUAAAGUAAUAUGACACUUAACACAUCCAGUGAACGUCACAGCAUCUAACUGAGAUCAGUGGGAACCUGAUUUCUCUGUAAGUACUCUUUAGGGAUGAUCUCCUAUUUGUCGUGUCUUAUAUGAGUGAAACAGUGAAAGUGUCUUUGAAAGUGAAAUGCCUUACUUUAGGAAUUGAGAGGUAAAGGGAUGAAUAGUUGAACAUAUUUGUUUGAG